UUAGCGUCCCGGAGACCGCACGCACCGCUUAGCGCCCAAUGUCAAAAGGACGCAUUCGGACCGGUGUUCGAAAUUCAAAAUAAAACAAGUGCGAAAUUCAAACCGGUGUUCCAAAUUCAAAAUAAAACAAUUGACAAUCGCGUUCGAAACGAACGAAUAACGGAAUUUGAAAAUGCCUCUGCCUUUUAAUAAGAGUUUGGACUUGAAACUGUUGGCUUUGGUGAAGGAGAAUUCGAUAUUGUAUAAUACGAAACAUCCGAGGUAUUUGGAUUUCGAUGCCAGGGAAGUCGUUUGGCAGAAGAUUGGGGAUGCCCUUAAUAGAUCCGCAUUAUUUUGCGAGUCGCGUUGGAUCAACAUUCGCGACAUGAUGCGGCGAAAGAUCCGCGAACGACUGCGGAACCCUCAGCACCGCUCAUACAAUUACAAGUACGAAGAAGAGAUGUCAUUCAUGAUUCCGUAUUUUAAGGACUCUAAUACUGGCAAUGAGGAAUACACUGAUUUUAUUGAAGAGGACACGCCGUGCGAUGAAAUCUCGCCAUCCGACGUAUUCGCCGACGUAGAAACCUACCAGCCAAAGGAAUCUAAGCCAAUCAUCAACAACAUGAAAUCUAAAGAAGAUUUUUCAAGCCAAUUCCAAGACCUCAACCCGACGGAUCCUAUAGACGUGUUCCUGAUUACUAUAGGAUCUACACUUAGAAGAUUUAGUCCGUAUUAUUUGAAUCAGGCGAAGAGUAAAAUAUUUCAAGUGGUUCAGGAUUAUGAGCUGCAGCAGAUUAUGAAUAAGGAUGAUAAUUUGGCGUCGAGCAGUGAUGCUAGAUAGUAAGUAGGAAAUAAAUAGCUAUU